GUUCGCCAUGGCAACGGCCCGAAUCAAUUAUUUAUUUAUAAACAAAUUCAUGUUGUAGGAAAUUCACGACGUGCGGCCGUUGAAAUUCUAAGUGUCUACAUUUGUCUCGUGUUCGUCCAAAAUUGUACGUGUACAAUGGCUUGCGAAGGCCCUUUAGUCGACACCCUGAAAAAUAUGAUAUGCAGCUUGGAGGGGCCACCAUGUCCGGACUGUCCCGGGGUCCCUUACUGUCCAGCACCCCAAUCACCGCCUCACAUAAUGUGCUGCCACGUCCGCCCGCCACCCAUAUGCGCCCCCACGUCCCCCGAGCCCGUCAAACCCCUUCGAUUGCCCUGCCAGGAUCCCCCAGUACGCAAGAUGACCCGCUACGAGGGCGACAUGGUGCGCUUCAACAACUUCUACAACAACUACAACAUCGACUGGCGCGCCGACUCGCCCUGCGACUUCGACCCGAACUGGGUGGAUCCCCGGGCGAACAUGAAGUGCGCCAUCGGCGUGACGGUGGACGGCAAGUGUCCCUAUUUUCCCAAGUGCAAGAAGCCGCCCUGCUGCGACAAGGGUUGCCCCACGGGCUUCCAGCCCGUCCGGAUGAGAUUGACGCCGCCCGCCGACCGGCAUCCGUGCGGCUUGUGGUGCGGCGAGCUGUACAAGUGCAUCGUGCCGCCGCGCCGUUGCGUCAAGGGCAAAUUCGUGCCGGCCCUGCCCUGUUGCCGGUUCUGUUGCAUCCACACCAACGAUCACAAGUGCAAGGCUAGCUGUUUUAGUCGCUAGAGGGCGCGCGCGGCCCCGAAGGGGCUCGAUUUUGAAGCUGGGGUUCCGUUGCUGCAUUUGGAUAGUUUCAACAAGUUCGAAUUGUUGGAGCCGGGUCAUUUGCGGCAACGGAUUGAAAGAGGUUUUUUUUUUGGUGUAAAAAAUUUACUGACUUUAUCGGCUGAAAUCUUCAAUGUGAUUGAAUGUAAAUGUGUUCCGAGCAACUAAGCAUUUUUUUAUGAUUGAUAUUGAUUGACUAGGUUUGAAAGGGUAACGAUAUGGUACAAUAUUUUUGAGGCUGAGACGAGUUUAAAUAUUUUGAUCGAGUUGUUCAGAGAUAACAGCUAAAUAUUCGUUUUAAUUGCAAUACUUUGAUAAAUUAAUUUCUGAAUAGCUUGGUUCAAUUUGUGUGCAUUGAAGAUAUUGUUUUUUUUUAUUUGUACAUAGAUUUGUGUUGAAUAAUGCGGUUAGUAGAAAGUUAUUUUGCACAAUUUUAUGUAAUUUCGCGACAGUUUUUUUAAAAAGUAUUUUUUGUAAAUUUUGUGGUAAUCCCUUAUUGUAGGUUGUAAAUGUUAAGUAUGAAAUUGAUUAAGUUACGGUUAAGUAUUUUUAGGUUUUUAAAAUAAUUUUAAUUUCAAUUUAGUUUCUCAAAACAAAGGGUUAUUUUUUAGAAGCUCAAUAGAAGCGUUUAGUUAUUAAAAAUUUUAUGAAAAAUCGACGAAUUUAUGAACGUGCUGUAACCACGCACGUUUGUAAAGUUAUCUUCGGUUUUUCGCCAUUGUUGAAUCAAAAUUUUGAUUGGUUUUUUUGGAAUAUUUUUUUCAUUUUUUAUCUGUAGCUUAAGAUGUGAACGUUCUUUAGAUUCUUACAAAUUUAGGCAACUUUUUUGUUGUAAAUGUAUAGGCCUCAAAAAAUAAGUCAUUUUAACAAAGUAAUUCAUCACACAAUCCUUUAUGCGUUUCUCGAAUUGUAAAUAACACAAACAUUUUUACCGUUAUCAUAAAAUUCUCUCAGCCUCAAUUUCAUACAACUACCUAGAAAUUCAAUAAUAGUCGAAUUUUAUUGAAUUUUAAAUUAGGUACAUGAUUUUUCUAUUGUUGUUCUACAGGUAUUCUGGUAUAAUCGAUAUAAAUCCUGAAGAAAUGUUCUAGUUGCUUGCCGAAUUUUUCAUUAAAUGAAUGCUUGUUUGGUAAAUAAACAUGUUCGGUGUAA